AUGGAAAGUUCAAUUUCUAAAUUUAUAGUUCAUUUACCCUAAAUGUUCUUACUUUUAUUGUUGAAAUACCUUAAGUCUCUAACCACUUUUGGAGCUCUUGGACACUUACGUCUAGGUAAAUGUAGUUAUGUUAUGACUUUUAAAACUGCAAAGUUUUUUGGAAUUUCCUGAUUUAAACUAGUUAACAUUAUUUAUUUAUAUUUUAAUCAUAAUAGAAUUUAUUUUUAGAAAAUUUUUUUUUUUAAUAAGAAUAUAUAUUAUGGCUCCUGGAUCUGGAAGGAAACUUGCAUGUGAAUGGAAUGAUGUGACUAAAUUAUCAAAAACUGUUUCCGGAAAAGUAAUACUGCAGUGCCAGUGCAAUUAUUGCAAUGAAAUUAUAAAUAGCCAAAAAGUAGAAAGAAUUAGAAUUCAUUUAAAUAAAUGUAAAAAAAAAAAACCAUCUGCUGAUGUUGUAGAACGAAAUAAAAAUUUUAUUUUAAAAGAUGGUCAAGUAUCAUCUCAGGCAUCUAUAAACUUGUGUAAUUUUGUUAGCCCAGUUGCUUCAGAAUCUUUUGAAGCAUCAAGCACUUCUGGUGUCUUUGAGAGUAGUUACUCUGGUUCAACACCUACCCCAUAUAAAAAACAAAAGUUAAUAGAAAACUACAUAUCAAGAACAAGCUCAGAUCAAAAGGAUGUUUUUGACUUGCAAGUUGCCAAAUUUUUUUUUGCUUGCAAUAUUCCAUUUAAUGCUGUAGAAAAUAGAGAAUUUAAAAAAUGUAUUAAUUUUUUGAGACCUGGUUAUGAUCCUCCAAACCGGAAGAAACUUUCAAGUGAGUUACUGGAUAAAGUUAAUGAUGAAGUAAUUGUAUCUAUGAAAAGUGAAUUUGCAAAUAAUAGGAGUACUAUUACAUUGAUACAAGAUGGUUGGAGCAGUGUCAGAAAUGAUCCAGUUAUUGCUCACAGUGUACAUAACGGAAAGACCCCAUAUUUAAUCUCCGCUAUAGAUGCCGGAAGUGAAAAAAAAACUUCAGAAUAUUGUGCUCAAUUAGCCAUUGAAGCAAUAAAACACAUCAAAAAGGUUUAUGAACAAGAUGUAUUUGCCAUUUGUACAGAUAACGAGAACAAAAUGAAAAAGAUGAAAGAAAUUCUUAAAGAGGAAUAUCCAUUGCUACUUACAUAUGGAUGCUCAGCUCAUUACUUAAAUUUAGUUGAGAAGCAGGUGACACAUUUCUGGCACAUUUCAUUGAAGUUAACAAGUACUUCCGAAAUCAUCACCAACCACGUGGAUGGCUUUUGGAUGAUAGGAAUGGAGUUAUGCCGCAACUUCCUAAUGAUACACGAUGGAACUCUCAAGUAGACUGUUUAAAGACUUAUAUUAAAAAUUAUAGCCACUAUCUUGAUAUUAUAGAGAAGCAUGAAGGUGAUAUUAAACAUAAUAUCAAGAAAAUUAUAGAUAAUGCUGCAAUUUUCAGGGAAGCUAAAAAUCUUCAAAUUCAACUGUAGAAAUGUGAGAUAGCUUUAGAUAAGCUACAAAGUGAUUCAACAUCAUUGUCAGAUGCAUGUGAAAUUUGGUUGUCUCUCCUGAAAGAUGAAGACCUGAAGCCAUAUUAUAUUGAAAUUAAGUUAAAAUUUGAUGAAGCAAUGGAACCUUUUCAUUUUUUGGCAAAUUUGACUGAUAUUAAAUACCAAGGAAAAUCUUUAAGCAUUGAACAAGAAGCUGCUGCAGAAGCUUGGCUAAGUGAUAGGCACAAUGAAUACUUGGCUGGUUACUAUGAUUUCAGGCUAAAAGUCACAACUACCUUUCCACAGCACAUGUUUAACGAUAACUUUAUUGCUACAAUUUCAAGUGAAAGAUGGUGGGGUAUAAUAGAUAUGAAGCAAAAGCUGCAUUAAAAAUCUUUACCACUACCAGAAGGGUUUGCAAAGUUUUUUCAAUCUCUUCAUAGUUGUCCUGCAAGCACUGGCUCCAUAGAAAGAGUGUUUUCUACUUUUGGUAUUGUGUGGAGCAAGUUAAGAAAUAGGUUAGGAAACGAUAAAGCUGAAAAGCUUGUUCGAAUAUAUAGACAUUUGAGAGGCGAAGAAUUUGAUUGGUAAACAACAAAUUUGUAAAGCUUCUGUAAUUUAAAGAAAUAUAGUUUGUAAUCUUUA